GAUCGUUAGGUUUCAGCCUCAGCCUUUGAAAUCCUCAUCUCGUGAGUGUGUUGACUGGCUGGUAGUGAUCUCAAUCGGCUCACAGAUAGCGGCGCUCCUUUCAGCGCCACAGCGCCGCAGCUGAGGCUCUGUGUGUGGGAGGGACUAACGGUGCGCUCCCCUCAGUGCAGCCUGCAGCCACAGCAUCGAGCAGGGAGAGAAUAUAUUCAAAGCAUAUUAAGGUUUUUGUAUCUGUCCCCGUUAUGUGCUCUCACCCGCUAUAGUGUCUGUGAAGAGGAAAACGGCGGAAGGGAUGCCGAAGUAGCGCGGGAUGCUGUGGGGUGAAAACAUCGUGGAAGGAAGGCUCAGAGUGAACCUGCGGGUGGUGAAACACGAAUGGCUUCUCCAGAGCUGCUUCCCACGGAUGAGGGAGGCAAACAGCCCGAUCAUCCCGACGUCCUUGACCGGGUUUCCAGCGCGCUGCAUGUCCGCAAAUCAACAGGAGGAGCGCUCCCGGGGGAGGGCGGCUGUAACCCGGCCCGCAGCUGCCAUGAACGGUGUCAUUCAGCACCAAGGACGGCGCCGCGCAAGGGAGAGGCGGAGGUUAAACUCGGUCACCUCGGCGAGGAGAAAGUCCGGGUUUGUUGCGACGAGGAAUUAGAGACAUCUUUUACCUAUAUUGAUGAGAAUGUUAACCUGCGACUGGCCAGCCCGGAGACUAGUUGUAAAAGUACUCACAGACCCGUGCGCAACGGUGAGCUUUGCUCCGAGACUUUCCCGGAGUUUUCCUUCAUGUCCGAGGAUGAUCUCUCCUUUGGAGAGGGCUCCGGGACUUCUAUAGACUACGGGUUUAUCAGUGCAGUCACGUUCUUGGUGACCGGGAUCUCCUUGGUGAUCAUCUCCUACGCCGUGCCUCGGGAUGUGGUGGUGGACCGUGACAGCGUGUCGGCGAGGGAGAUGGAGAGGCUGGAGAUGGAGAGCGCCCGGAUAGGUGCUCACCUGGAUCGGUGCGUCAUAGCGGGACUGUGCCUGCUCACGCUGGGCGGCGUGGUGCUCUCCACGCUGCUGAUGAUUUCCAUGUGGAAGGGGGAGAUGUACAGGAGAAAGGUCAUCGCUUAUUCCAAGCGUUCGGCCAAACAGUAUGGCUCUAUCAGCCUGAAAACUAGAUCCAGUCCCAGCCAUUCUUCUGCGCACUUGUCCAUGGAGGAGGAAAUAGAGGAAACUUUGACUUAAAAUGCUGCUCUGCAUAUAAACCUUUUGUGUAUAACUGAGGAAUGAAUGCCAUUCACACACAUUCUUUAACAUAUUGUAGCCUAAACUGUGUUCAAAGUGUAAGUCUGCAACAUUUUUGUCUUAUACUGUAGAAAUAGCUUGGAUACUGUAUAAUAUAUCCACAUGGCAAACAGAAAAGACAAGAAAAGCACUCAAAUGCAAAGUGAACAAUAGCCAGAAAAAAAAUUAUGUGGUAUCAUUGUUCCCAAAUUAUUUAAAAUGGCACCAAACCAUAUAAUUGACUAGGGAGAAUGUUAAGAGCGUUGUGUCACAAACCCGGGAUGCAAUCUCUGAGAGCUUCCAUGUAUUAUUAAGGCUGUUCAUAUUUAAUGCGAAUGUUGUGCACAGACACAUUCCAGGAGGUAAGUGUGUGUCCAGGGCAGGAGAGUGGGAGUAAGGAGGGGGUGUAAAGCUGUCCCUGUCCACUGCGAUAUGGGAGAAUCAGCUCAGUGGUCUGCAUGGUAAUAUCCAGUGACAGUCCCUCUCUGGUGCAGUGCUGAGAUAAGCCAGUAAACCCGGCUUUGUGCAUCUGGGCCAAAGCUCCACGUCCGUUUGAUUGUAGUGAGCAAUUUGACUGCAUCUGACAGCGCUGACAUACACUGUACACCGUCCUCUGCGCUCGCUCGAUCCUCUCUGCUCUUCUUCUCCUCCUUCUUCCCUCACCUUCUCGCUCUCUCUGCCACAGGAGACUGUCUUUCCUCCUGCGGUUUUUCAGUGCUCUCCUCAACACUGUAAAUUCACACUGUAAGCGUGUGGAAAGGGUCCUGGACGACCACAGCCAAGUGCCUGUGACAUUUCAAGGUUGAUGAGCCUUUCCUUACAUGUCUCCUUUCAUUUUCUCUUUCUCUCUACGUGAGGAUGGACUUAAGAACACCUAAUCACACAUGAAAGAGUUGCCCUAUUUCCAAAACCUUAAGCCUUCACUACUUCAAAGAGCUAAUUACAUUUCCAAAGUGAGGUAUCAUUCAUUUUAAAAGGUUAUAUUUGAUGUUAUCAUGGUGAUUUACUGACUAAAAUAUUGCAGAUGACACAAAAAGCUUAGGAAAAGAGGUUUAUCAUGUGCAGACUUGCUAAAAAUGUUAAUGCCCCAGUGUCCAGGCAAGUCAGAGACACCAACUUCCUUUUCUUGGUUGAGGAAAAUUUUAGUUUUCUGUCUCAGCUAAGUCCAUGUAAAAGCAACCUUCUCUUUCUCCCUGACAGUUGUUAAUGCCGUCUGAAGAGGCCUGCAGAAAAGAAUGCCACGCAAAUAACUUGGGAAGCCGUCAUUUUUCAUGUAUGCUACCCUGUAAGACUCAUGAAUCAUGCAUGAACCACUAGAAUCAUUCAUAUUUGCAUAUAUUCAUAUACACAGCCACAAAUGUUGCAUUACGCAAGACAAGUGCUAGUGAUUCUUAUGCAGUGUCACUGUUACCUUGGUUUCUUGUCCUUUCAUUUUCUGGGCUGUGUGACCCUAUUUCAAGGCUUACAUUCGAAACGACAUGAGUCAGCCUCUAUUAAUGAGAUGCGUAGGCUGAUUACUCUAUGGUAAAUAGCUCCAGGCCACACCAUUGCUGCGCUUUCACUGCGAGUUGCAUUGCUUCUACGUAUUCUAAAUGCCAGUCAGUGCACAGACAGACGAAUCGGUGUAUUUCAAAGUGAAAAGACUGGAUCACUGGAGUCUAAUGAGGUAUUCAGCCAGCAUUAUCAUUCAAAAAUCAUGUGUUGCAGCAAUGAACUAAUGCAAGUUAUUAUAGCUUUUCAUUUUCUGUGUCUGUGACCACAGAGCUGACAAAUGUGUGCACAUCCCUGAAAAACUAGCUAUUACUUCCUGAAAUGGCAAUAAAAUGCCAAAUGAAGGGGAUUUCCAGCAAAGGUAAUAAAAAAUUAAUGAUCCAUAUGAGGCAAUGUUGUCCUGUUCCCUUCACAGAAGCUGUAAAUCCUCAACCAGUAUUACAGAUGUUAAAGUGAUAUUUCAUUUAGCGAGCUUUCCUGGUGUUGUUGGCUGUUGAAACAAGGUGCGAUGCCCAAGUGCUGGACACUCAUUUUUUACCACUUCCUUUUUCUUUCCCUCUCACCAAUAUAUUCAUGUAAAAUGAAACUUAAAGGGCAGCCAACAACAAUGCUACUAAUGCCAAAAAAUAUGUAUGAUAAUAUCGAGCAAUUAAUUCAAACUCCACCAAUAUAAAGGCUACAUUACACAUGUAGUACAUCAGUGCUUUCCAUCAGAGUCAUUUUCAGAGGUGGCAUCAUCUGUGAGAAUGUCACUCUUGUAACACACAGAGGAUCAUAAAUGCCUGAGGGAAGAUAUUAACAUUACAGACUUCAAAGAGACUCAUCUGCAGCAUGUAAUGCACUACACUGUACAUUUUCAGACAUAUACUAUUUCUCCCCCUCUCUCUCCUUUUCUUUCUUAACAGGAGGACAGGCCCUGUCCUCCUCCGUAGUUGGCACUGUGCCUCACAGCCAACACCAGGCUUCCCCUCAUACAGCCAACUAAACGUGUUUGGGGGAUUUAAUCAGGGAUUUGCUUGAAGCAACAGCAUUUUACACGCCAAGCUCAAGUGUAUUUCCAGAGGUUUCAUGCAUAAGCUCUUUAUCCUUGAGCAGUGCACGGCUAAAUCACCCUUAUUGAUAUUUGGUUGGCUCCUCUGUAAGUCAAUCCCUUCAGGUAAGGUUGAAGCCUGCUGCCAUCAGCUAAUUUCCUAAAGGUGUUAGUACACUCCUCCAUGUUGUCAAUGCUGAUACGCUCUGUGUGUGCACGAGUAUGUGUGUAUUUGUAUGACUUUGCAUAGGUGUUGUGUGUCACCUUAGAUUAAAGAGCUGCUGACCUUAAAAUUUCAUUUCAAACCGUUUUUGUGGAGACAUUUAGUGUCCAAAGAGGGUCUGAAAAGGCUUUGCCACCCUGGGAGGAAUACAAGUCAUGCAGACAAGACAAGAGGAAGCUACGUAACACUGAGAUACUAUAUAUGGAGCACAAGGAAAAGCUUAUUCACUUUCUUGCCGAAAGUUAGAUGAGAAUAUCCAUACUACUCUCAUGUCUGUCUGUUCAAGAUGGAGCUACAGCCAUCAGCUUAUCUUAGCUUAGCAUAAAGACUGGAAACAGGGGGAAACAGCUAGCCUGGCUCUGUUAGAAAAUUCACCUGCCGGAUGAGCUAUUUUGGGUGCCCCUUCUUCCAGAAUCAAAGGCCCCAUUCAUUUUUCCAAUAGACAAUGUUACGUGACUCAUAGUUUGAGCCCUUCGAUGGCUUGGAUCGGCAUGAAUCUCUCCCAGUCAAAUCAUCAGAGCUGUUUUAGAAAAUAUCUGGUUCUUUGAUAAAAAGUCAAAGGUAAAAGCCUGUGUACAUAAAAACUUUGAGGUAGAUGUUAACAACGAUCCCAAGGUUGAUUUCAGCAUGAAACAUCCAAUCGCUGAGCUAAAAAUUCAGUAACACCGCUAACAGCAGGUGACAGCUAAAGAUCACGGCGUUGAAAAAUGUAAUCUGCAGCUUAAAUAAAUUCACUUUUAAAUCCUGGGUCAAUUAUGGAUGUAUCUAGUAACUAUGGCAUAAGGCAUGUAUUCAGCAACAUGGGUAUUGUAGUAUUUAGAGCCGGCCUCAUGUCAAAAUGAUCGAUAAAACAUGAUUUCUCAGAGUCCCGUGUUUCUAUGUUAAGUAUCCAUUGAGGGUAUCGUUUAAAGAAAAAUGUGAAAUGGAACACAGAAUGGGGAAAAGCACUUCCCGAACCAGCGGCCCCUCCCACUUUGCAACUCUAUUAACACAUCUUGUUUAUAUCUUGUUUGUUUAAUCCAUACAGAAACCGAAGUGUAAAAAUGACAAGUUGUUUGUUUUAGGAGGGGUUACGUGCAGGACUAUUUUUUGGCUCGGCACACUGACUACCUGUAGUCUCCGCUGGUUGCCUUGAAACCUAACGCUGACGACAAGACUCCUGGAGGUCACUGCGCCCGGCCAAGAAAUAGUUCCACACAUAACCCCUCAUAAAACCACAACUUGUCGAGAUAUAACGUCUUCCCUGUUUCCCCGUCUUUAUGCUAAGAUAAGCUAACCGGCAGCUGGCUGUAUCUUCAAAUUUAGCAUACAGACAUGAGUGGCAUCUAUCUUCUCAUCUAACUCUUAGCAAAAGAGUGGAUAAGCAUAUCUCCCAAAAUGUCAAACUAUUCCUUUAAUACUGUGCCAUGUAUAUGCAACUAUGUGGUGUGUGCACUCAGGCUUUAAGCUAAAAGUAGAAAGAACUGCCUCUCUUUUGUUAUACAUAUUAGAUAUAUUCAUAUCUGUGGUGAGCUUGCCCUCCAUCUAUUAGUGGAUAGUGAGGCCAAAAAAAAUAAAAAAUCCACUUCGAUUGAUUCCUUUGGAGUGGAAGACUAAAGCCAAACUCCUCAGGGAUAUGAAUUCAUUCUUGGUUGCUCCCUCCACUGCCUUACCCAGACAGGAUAUUUUUAGUCAAUGUGCAUAUUGGAUUUUUGGAAAGCUCAUUGUAUUGUAAAUGUAGUCCACAAAGCUCAUUGCUAAGGAUGUACUUAGCCUGGCUGUUUUACAUUUAGCCUGCAAAAACAUCCUUGUUCAGCUCCUGUGGUUUCAUUACUACAUGACAUUAAAGCUCAUGAAAGAUAA